AAUUUUAAUGUUUUGUCUACUAAUCUUAAGUUCUGAUAUUUAAACUUUUACCUUGUAAACAGUAUAUAAUUGAAUUUUUUGUUUGCACAUGUUUCCUCUUGAAUUUAUGCAUGAUGAACUACUAGACAAGUUAUUGUAAACAUGCUUGUAGAAAAUAUGUGGUUACGAUGGUCCUUCUGCAGCUUCAUAAUGCUGUAUAUAUCAGAAUUGUAUUCUUUCCUUCACAUUGUGCAGUUUUUGUAGGAUUCCCACUUGUCGUCUCAUUGCUGUGGCUGAAAUACUUUGGAGAGCUUACUGCAAGCAGAAUUUCUAAACUCAAUUCUCUUUCAUUGUCUCUUAAAGCUUUCAUUGGCAUGAGAAUAAUUAAUGUUUAACUUUACUGGUGAAAUCUUGAGAUUUCUCACUGUUCUGCAAAUCUGUAGUAGCAUUAUUGUUGGCAAUUUGCUUAUCAUUAUUUCACUAUCUAUAUCAUUUUCACAUUGUGCAGUGACUGUUUUAGUUAAAUUCUCCUUUUGUUGGAUCUAUAUCUUCUAUUCAUUUUUCUACUUUUACUGUUCCUGAAUUAUUGUUAGAGAAGGUUUUGGGCUGACAUAAUGGAUCAGUUUUAUGUUAGCAAUUGCAUUUAUAAAUGGUGGUCCUUAUGAUAGAACUGCAGGUCCACCUAUAUCAUUGGAGCAGCUGCCCUACUUAUAAAAUGCUAGCGGCUACUGAUCACUUUAGGACGGUAUUCUGGUCGCCUUCUGAAUCAGCUACCCCAAAAAAUAGAUUACAGUAAAAUGCCACUCCGGCCAUUCGUUCUGUGCAGCAACUCUUCAUUUUCUUUCUUUCCCUUAUCUGUUUCUUUUCUGAAAACCCAGUCUCUACGUUUUGUUUCGGAUUCCAUUUCACAUUCUAUUCCCCUUUUGUAUUUUCUAUUUACUAUAGUCCAGUGCUGCUUGAAGGGACAAUGUAGUCCAUGUUUUGUGAAACCACAAUUAAUGCCAAGAGUUGCUUCAUUUUAUCUCUUUGAAUCAAAGGGACUGGCUUGUGAGAGAUUGUUUUAUUUAACUUUUCAGACUUCAAAAAUAUUAUUGUUAUUCUAAUGCUUGAAACUGGAUGCUGCCAAAUCACCUUUUGUAUUGGAUAGAUAAAAAGCUCAUAUGGGCUUAAUGACAUCGUUAUUUUAUUAUUAUUUUUUAAUGAUAUUGUGUAUGGUUUCUUUCUCUCUUGCCUCAAUAAAACAGUUGAUUCUUUGUGAAUAUGCUUUGUGGUGGGCAAAGUGUGAGAUACAGACCACUUGUUAAUCUCUAUCAAACUGCAUAGUUUUAAAGAGUACUUGCUUAAAUAGUAUAAAAUUAUUACAUAUUGGGCUGUAUAUUGUUUGGAUUCACGAGAUAUUUGGAUCUGAAGGCACGAGGAUAUGACAAGAUUCAAAAAAGAACCCAAUAAAAAUAUAGGAUCUAAACUUCAAUUUGAAAUUGCAUCCUGAUUAUAGUUUUCAUUUGGUUUGGUGUUUAUUACCAGAGAAGGGACUGGGUGGAGGUUUAAGCAUAUAGAAGGAAGAGGACUUGGAGGUCAUUGGAGGGUGUAGGAAGUGAGAGCUGGUCGGUGGUGGGAGUGAGUUUGAGGCUGGAAGAAAGGGAGCUUUGUUGGGGAAGUGGAAGCAUUUGGUGGAUGUGAGAAGGUCAGUGAUGGAAAGGGAUGCAUGUUGGAGACUAGAUGAAAGGGAGUGUGGGUGAUGGAAGAGGACAAGUAUGGAAGAUAAAGGAGGAGGUAUCUGAUCCUUCUGUCAGUGUGUACAAAGGUUACUCUCUUCGUAAAGAAACAGAGGAGUAUCUUGCAUCUCGGGGACUGAAAAAUGCUUUAUACUCCAUGAAUGUGGAUCACUUGAAAGAUGAUCUGUUUGGAACCCUAGUGCCUUGUCCUUUUCAGCAACCAGAUGGACUUGGCUCUUUGGUUGAUAAAACACCCGAAAAGACAUCUUCUCAGAAAAGAUCGGAGGCUGUGCUGAAUAACUUCGGUGCAGUUGGAUGCACAUCCACCUCAGCCGAACAGGGCCAACAGGCAAAUAAGCAUCUCAAACUAGGGCACUCUAUCAAGGCACAACCAAUGUCACAUAAUUAUAUGUCUUGUGUUCUGGAGUUUGAUGGUGCUUCAAAAGGAAAUCCUGGAAAAGCUGGUGCUGGAGCAAUACUUCGAGCUGAAGAUGGAACUGUGAUUGCUCGACUCCGUGAAGGUUUGGGUGUCACGACCAAUAAUGUUGCAGAAUAUCGAGCAUUGAUCUUAGGAAUGAAAUAUGCUCUUAAGAAAGGAUAUAAGCAAAUUCGUGUGCAAGGUGACUCUAAUCUUGUCUGUAUGCAGGUACAAGAUCUUUGGCAAACUAAGAACCAGAACAUGGCUAACUUGUGUAAGGAGGUAAAAGGACUGAAGGACAUGUUUCUAUCAUUCAAGAUUGGCCAUGUUAGAAGGGAGUUCAAUUCUGAUGCUGAUGCUCAAGCAAAUUUAGCUAUUGAUCUUCCUCUUGGCAAAGUUUGUGAAGAACCUGGUGAACUUU